AUGGCCGCUCCCUCGGCGACCGAUAUCGACGCUAUCGUGGCGUCCUCCUCGUCCAUGAUGUCUCACUCUACAAGUCAAGUGGAUGUGGGAGACAGCCGCCGCAUCAGGCUCCGUCUCGCGUUUGGGGGCUCCUUCAUCGCUGCCGCGGACGGCUCCUACCGCUACACUGGCGGCGAGUACUACAACGAGAGCGUCCCGGCUGACGCCCGCUAUGCAGACUUUAUGUACAAGCUGGGCGAGAAGUUCAAGACCGCGGUGAGCGUCAAGUACCAGUGCCCCGGCGAGGAGAUGGACCCCGGCGCACUCAUCACCGUGGCGGACGACGAUGACCUGGCGGAGCUCAAGGAGGAGUACUUUCAGCACCUGCUACGCCCCGGGACGCCCAGCAAGACGUUCCGCAUCCGCUGCUUUGCGUUCGCGGCCAGCGAGGACCCCAUGACGCCGGACGAGAUCCUUGAGGGCCAGUGCUUCUUCAGCCAUGAUGUGGUCGUUGCAGCUGGCAGCGGUGGGGGCAGGGGUGACGGCAGCGGCGGCGGUGGCGGCGCGGCCCCAUACGACUCUGCCCUGGAGCAGCAGGUGCUGCUGCACUCCCUGCUGCCAGCCACAGAGGGCGGCGCGAUCGUGCCGGCGUCGGAUUGGGGGGCGCCCAGCCGCGCCGUGGCCUUUGCGAGCUGGGGCGGCCCCGGCAAGGCGGCCGCCAGCGCAGAGAUGGAGCGCGCGGCGCUGGCGCGGAUGCGCAUGAGCAUCAACAACCUCUCGGACUUCAAUGUCGGCGCUGCGCUCGCGGGCAUGCAGACUGCCGGCGCGCUCUGGCGCGGCGACACCUUGCCGGCGCUCGCCGCGACCGCGUCUGGCAGCGGCUUGGCCGCUCUGAGCGGCGGCUUUGCCGUCAGCGCCGCCGGCGCUGGUGGCGGCUGCGGAGCUGCCGGGGAGGACGACCUCACUGACGCGGAGUUUGAUGCGGCGGACGAGGCCGAGGCCGCGGUGGAGGCGUACUGGGACCGCCAGGCGGCAGAGGAGCUGCUGCGGGCGGCGUCGGGCACGGCCAGAGGCGCGGAGCGUGCUGGGGUUGGCGAGGCGCCGGGGGUGGCGGAGCCGGGGUCGGCGAGGGCUGUGCAGAUGCUGCCGGCGGACCCCUUUGAUCAAGAGGGCUCACGGGGUUCGUCGUCGGGCGGCUUUGUGCAAGGCGGCGGCAAUGGCGAUGGGGAUGGUGACGCGGAUGCGGAUGCUGAGGCGUUGCUUUCCGCGAUGCAGGAGCCAGACGGCUGUGGCUGCGAGCCAGGCGCCGUGGGGGUCAGAGUGGAGAUUGUUGCAGCGGCCAAGGCUGCGUGGGGAGGCGGCGCCGCAGACGCGCCUCUGGGUGGCGCCAACCUGCCGAGCUACAUUUCGGCAUUUGGUGACGCCGCGGAUGGCGAGGAGGGCGGCGCCGCGGCGGAUGAGGACGCGGCCUCGGGCGGCGGCGGCGGCGAGGAAGGGGAGGAUCCUGGCUACGUGGCCGCCGGCGGCGGCAGCGGUGUGCAGGGCGGCUCUGGCGGCGCCGCGCGGCCCCGCGCCAGCGUGACUGGCGUGGGCGGUGGCGGCGGCGGGUACGUCCCCCGCACUCAGGACUCGGGCUUCAGCCUUGAAGGCGAGCGCCUGUUUGUCGCCGCCGGUGGUGGCGGCGGCGACGGCAACGCGGGUUGGCGCGGCGACGGCGGCGCGCCGCCCGAGCGCGCGGACAGUGGCGACAGCCUGCAGAGCCUGCCCAAGCUGCAGCCGGUGCACCGGCUGACGCGGUCUGAGGUCAAGGUCUAG